UGUCCCACAUGCUACAAAAAACUAAAACCAGAGGAUGAUAGGUUCAUGUGUACCAAUUGCCAUGUCACAAUGGCAGAUGGGGUGUAUCGGUACAAAGUCAGCAUUUGCAUCAUGGACCAGACUGGUCAUUCAACCUUCAUUCUGUGGGACAGGGAAUGUAUUGAAGUUUUUGGAAAAACAUCUGCUUUUCUGAUGGCUGAGAUGGAGAAGAAGACUGAAGACCAAACUCGAUUUCCAGAAGACAUAGAAAGCUUGGUUGACCAAAAGGCCCUGUUUAAAAUACAACUGAAGACAAAAAGUGAGGAGAAUACUUACAAGAAAACAAAGUCAUUUACUGUGGUGACCAUGAUAAGAGACCCUAAGGUUCUG